AUGCACUCGUUUUUGUCCAAAGUCUUCGGACGGAAGGAAAAGGACGCGGAAACUUCGCCUACGACUUUACGCCCCGGAGAACUGCUCGAUGGUAAAUUUGAAGCCAUCUCACCCAAUGUAUCACCCAGUGCUGCCAAUUUUCUUGAGUUAGAGGGAUCCAAGACCGAGGGAGAGAAUGGGAAGGAAAAGGAAAAGGAGAGGGAUAAUCGAUUCUCCCUUUUCAAAGUCAAAUCGCGUCCGUCCCCCCCGCAAGUCUCGUACAAGGCCCCGAUACCUCUCCCCCAACUUUCGCUCGACUUUUCGACGUCGAAUGGAGAGCCUUCGUCGCGCACACUCGAAUCUUUCUUAUCGGUUGACCCCGACGCCAACAUCCUUCUGAGCGAUGCAAUUAUUGGACGACGUCGCUUAAACCCUCUUGAGGCUCUUGUAUUGAUAAGGGCUUGUUCUCAAGCUAUUGUAGCUAGAGGCCUCGAAACACUGGGUGUAAUGCACCCUCAUUGGUAUUCCGCAUCCCCGGAAGUCCAACGCAGACUACUAUCCCAAUUCAUACAUUCUAUGGAACCGAAAACACCGCUAACCGCUAUCUCACUUACUCCCGCGCUAGUCUCGUCACCUUUCGAAUCCGAGAUCGAGUCUACCCGUUCACCCCAUGACGUCGCGGCCGUCCUCAGAUGGGGUCUCCGUCACCUCCAGCUGGAGGGCGACAGCUUUGGGACCGACGACGGCUGGUACAAGGCUUUCCUUGAUGCGGAAGCAGCCGCGGAGUACCCCCCUAAAGCCUUUUCAGAGAAGUUGGCUCCGGCCCUGCCAAAAGCGCAUCUCGAUCUCCUUGUUGCUACUUUGGAGAUAUUCUCCUCGCUCGCUGCACACUCCGAGGCCAACAGCACGUCUGGCAGCAAGCUCUCGAAGAUUUUCGGUCUGUGGUUGUUAACCUCCAGACGCGUGGAGGACAAAGAUGACUGGAAGUCUUUCUACGCCAGAUGGGAACGCAUGGGUCGAAUGCUCGAACAUUUGUUCUUAUCUCGAAUUCGCGAUGAAUCUACCGACCAACGCAUGCCCGUUCGUCUACUCGAACUUGUACGAAGAUACCCAUAUACCCAAGGACUCUCACCACCUACUACGGAUGUACAGUUUUUAUCCCCACCACACUUCACUACCCGACUCUACGACGCUCUUUACGUUCGCAUUGAAGUCGAACUAUCAUCUGAGAGGCGCAAGCCUAAGUUGAAGGUCCACCCUCUCAACAUUCUCGCCGACGCGUUUUCCACUAAAGUCGAAGGUGGAGAAUACGCCGAGCUAUGGGCGAAGAUUACAGCUGCAUCGAAGACAGGCAGCAACCCAUCGCCUCUCAGCAACAUCUUCGCCGACGAGACGAUCCGGUUCCUCUCCAUCGUCCCAGACAAAGGCUCGGAGAAAGCACAGGAGGCGAAAUCGCCCGUGUUUAAUCUGCUCUCGCCGUCUCUUGCGCGCGGACAUUCCGCGUCUGUAGGCGAGACCGACAGACCUGUGUCGUCCCCGUCUCGCGGCUACUCCUUCUCUGUUGGCGAGCAGAGCAGGCCGUCGCAUCAGCAUAGCAAGUCCGCCACGGAGCCCCCAGCCACGUCUGCUAUUGGCAGUGACUGGGUGCAGUUCUCAGCGUCUGGUUUCCUCGACUCGACGCCUGCAAUGGCCCCGCUCGUGUCGACGCUAUUCGACACGGAUCUGGAGAAGACUACUCCAGUUACAACGACGCUUUCGAGGAAGUCGAGCAAGCGCGGCAAAGCCGUUUCGAGGAAGAGCGUCGACUUUUCGGCUGAACCUGUGCCACCCGUCUCGCCCCCUCCGCCUGCAGACCCUGUCAAGAAGGAGGCGACCGCCAUUGUCCGCGCUACCAAGCUCGAAGUCAUCGAGCUCGACGAAGCGUUCAUCGAUUUCUGGAGCGACUCGCUGCUCGAUCCUAUCACAGCGACAUGGCCGACCUUUAUCAUCUGCAAGUUCAAGUCGACCCUCGUUCCGCAGCUUCUGUACGGCCCCGUUCAAGAGGGCGGCAAGCAGAAGACGCUCAAGUGGCUUGUUCUUGAACAGGCAUUCACUGUGCGGCCCGCGCCACCACCAUCGCCGUCAGCUGUCCCGCGCCCGGAAUCUGCGCGCCCUGUCUCCCCUGCGCUCUCGACGUCGGGCAGAAACCGCUUCAGCUUCUGGAGCAUGUCGCGCACUGCGUCGAGCUCGUCACAGUCGUCGCAGAAAGGCAAGAAGAAGGAGAGAGCGCUGAAUGUUGGCGAGAUGGGCGAGCUUAUCGAGGAGCCUGCCGAGCAGGCUAAGCAGGAGGUUGUGCAGCUGAAGGCUGCGCCGUCCAAGUCCAAGUCGUCCAAAGCGGAGAAGGCGCAGAAGCCUAUCGAGAAACCUGUCGAGGCCGCGAAGCAGCCUGCUGAUACGACCGACACGCCAGACCUCGAGACGGCUGCUAUUGCGGCUGGAGCAGCGAUUACAGCUGCAAUCGCUGGAGCUGCUACUGCUAAAGCUGCUGCCCCUGCCGCUGAGGUUCCGGAGCCAGCUGUCGAAACUCAGGCAGAGGCACCAGCGCCAGCUGUUGAGGAACCUGCCACCGUCAGCGAGACUCCUGCUGCAGUUGCAGAAUCCGAAGCACCAGCACCAGCUGUUGAGGAGCCUGCACCAGUCAGCGAGACUCCUGCUGCAGUUGCAGAAUCCGAAGCACCAGCUGCAGAAGUCUCUCCUCCUGUCACUGAGGCUCCUGCUAUCUCUGAACCCGAAGUUCUUGCAACGGAAGUCGAGGCCCCUGUUCUUGAAGCACCCGUUGAAGCUAAACAUGAAGCUGCAGUUGAAGAGAUCCAAGCCCCCGUCUCCGAACAGCAACCCUCGACGGAUGUGUCCUCUGUGUCCGAGGCUCAGGAAACAACUGUGGAACCAGAACUCACUUCUACGGAACCUCAAGCCCCCGUUGUCGAAGAAGUGCUUACACAAGAUGCAUCGACUGACGAUAAUGCAACUGUAUCUGAAGUUCCGAUCUAUGAAUCUCAAGUUGCAGUUGCUGAUGCGCCAUCUGCGGUGGUUGUUGCUGAAGCGGACGAAUCUGCACCGGAACCUGAAGUUCCAACAGCUGAGGCUGUUGCUCCUGCUGUAGACGCUGACCUUGUCGUGCCCGAAGCUCGAGAUGACUUCGUUGUUCCAGUCGCCACAGACGUGGAAACAGAAGUUCCAGCACUUGAGCAAAUCUCUGAAGAGCGUGUAAGUGCAGUAGUAUUGGAAGUUCAAGAGCCAGUCAUCGAGUCUGUGCCGCCUGCUACUGCGGCCGAAGAACCUGUUGCCACAGCUCCUGCCGUUGUGGACGAACCUGCCGUUGAGGAACCUGUGGAAGAAGACCCUGCCGAGGUUGCAGAGGUAGUGGUUGAAUCAAACGAACUCGAAUCGCCCGUUGUUGGAGCGCCCGUCGCUGUUGACGAAUUGCCAUCUACGACAACUGAAACCGCUGCCGUCGUUGACGAAGUCGCCACGUCGAAUGUUGAAGAAUUUGCGCCUGUUGAGGCAGCAGAUCUUACCGAGGCGCCAACCUCGAUUACCGAAACUCCCUCAGUUGAUGUUGACGCCGCGCAGGAGAGCAUUGAGGAAGAACCACGGGUUACGGAUAAGGAGCAAGAAACCACCGAACUAGCAUCGCCAGAACCCCCAGCUGUCGAGGAUGCACAGCCAGUCGUUGAGGAGGAAGUUGUGGUGGAAGAAGAACCGGUUGCUGAGCAAAAGAUUGUCGAGGAACAUGGGGAAGCUCGUGUAGAGGAAGAAGCGAUUGUUGACGAGGCAAGUUCCGGUGCAGUAGAGGAGAAAUCUGCCAUUGUGGAGGACACACCUGUCGUCGAGGAGGAAGCGCCAGUUGUUGAGGGAACACCAGCCGUCGAGGAGAAAGCACUGGCGGUCGAGGAAGUACCAGUGGUCGAGGAAUCACCAGUGGUCAAGGAGGAAGCACCAGUAGUCGUGGAGGAGGCGCCAGCAGUUGAGAAGGAACCAGACGUUAAGGAGGAAGAAACACCUGUAGUUGACGUUGAGGAAACACCGGCUGCUGUUGAGAAAGCACCAAUAAUCGAGGAAGCCGCAGUAGUCGAGGAAGCAUCAGUGGUUGAGGAAGCAUCAGUGGUCGAGGAAGCACAACUGGUCGAGGAGGCACCGGUCGUCGAAGAAGCGCCCGUCAUUUCUGUUGCAGUGGAGGAGAAAUCAGCUCUUGACGAGGUUGCACCAGUAAUCGAGGAAUCACCUGUUGUUGAGGAAACUCCGGCUGCCGGAGAGAAAGUACCAGUGAUUGAGGAAUCACCAGUUGUUCUGGAGGAAACACCGGCCGUUGUGGAAAGAGAAACCCCUGUGGUUGAAGAAACGGCGCCCGUCAUCGAGAAUAUUCCUAUCGUGGAGGCGCCACCAACACCAGUGAUUGAGGACCACAUCCAGGAUGCCGAGCCUCUUGCAACCCAUGCUGAGGAGCCUGUUGCGGAGCAUUCAGUUUCAGGCACUGAUGUAGAGGUACCAGAGGUUGUUCAAACGGUGGAUGUUCCAACACUGUCAACCGUUAUUCAAACUGCUGAGGAAGAUUCUGUAACCCUCGCUGACCCGUCUUCGGUUCCUGUCGAAAUCGGCACCUCAACUGUUUCUGAACAUGAACAGGAAUCUCAAUCAGUCACGUUGGAAGAAGCCAUCGCCGAGGCUCAAGCCGCACCCAUCGUUGAGCAAGCUAUAGCUCAGCAAAAUGAACCCGAGGCUACUCAAGCUCUUUCUGAGACCCCAUCUGCGGAGCCUGAUUCGUGGGUCACCAUCGACAAGAUCGCCUCUGAUACCGAACCCGAAGCUUCUGCAGAUUCCGAGCCGACAGAAGUCAUCAUUCCGGUUGAGGAGAUUGUUCCUUCUCAGGUUUUGAAUGCCAUUCCUCCGCUCGACGACGAACUCAAUGCAGAAGAGGCGGAGGUACUGGAGCAUGCAUCCUCCGAUAUUCUGGAGGAAUCAUCCUUCGAAGUCAAUCCCGCUGAUCACUCUGGAGAUGAAGUUCAGCCUGAUCACGUCGCAGAACACAAUCUCUUGGCUGAACCAGCCCCUGUACCGUCGGAAGUUGCAGUCGAUGUGACCGAUGAAACGCCCUCCCUGGAGGAACCGACUUCAAUUCAACUUGACCAAACCAGGGAGGAUGUUGUUUCCGAGCCUGUACAAGUGGAUGCUGUUGUCCCCGACGUUGAAGAUAAACAACAAGAGGUAUCGGAUGCCGAGAUUGCUGAAAAUAUUAAACCAAAUGUUGACGAUGUGCCCCCACUUCCAGUCGACAGCCAGUCUAUGUACUCCGCUGAGACACCAGUAACGGUGGCCAAGGAGUCGACCGUUGUUGCUGAUAUUUUAGUUUCCGAACCUCAAGCUUUAGAUGCUGAUGCUCCAACCCCUGCUCCUGUUGCUGAGGUUGGCGACCUCCCUUCAAAUGCAGAAAUUCCUCCUGCUGUCGAGGCGUCUUCUCCAGUCUCGGAAGCUGUCGAACCCGAAGUGCCAGCUACAGAUAUCCUAACCCCAGUUGCCGAAGUUUCGGAUGCUUCUAAACCUGAAAACCUGUCCCAGGUUCCAAUUUCUGAUAUUCCAGUUACAGCUGAACUUGAUGAUCAAGUGGAUAGAUCUCUAGCUACUGAAUAUAUCCCUGAAUCAGACCAACCCCCUGUUGCUGAACACCAGGACGAUGGGGUUGAAUUACAACCCUUCAAAGCGGAUUAUCAGGCUCCUAUCGUUGAGGCUCCUGCCGCGGAACCUGAGGUAUCAGUCACAAAAGCUUCAGUGCGAGUGUCAGUUACUGAAGCCAGUGUUUCUAUACAGCAGAUUGAACCUCCGGCUACCGAAAUAACACCUAUCGUUAAUGGCGAACUUCAGAAUGUUAGUGCCGUUGAGGAGACUAAAUCACAAGAUACCUCUGCGGUCGCCGAACCCCAAACACUCAUUGCGGAAGUUGAAUCACCAGCUGUCGAGGUGCACGAGCAAGUCUCUGAAGAACCUGUCGGCGAUGUCGAAGAUCAAGAACCAAUCCCUGAAGCCGUGAUACCCCCUAUCGUAGCACUACACGAAUCUGUUGCUGCAGUGCCCAAAGAGCCUGUCGACGAGGCAGUUGCACAAGAACAUCUUACAGACGUUGUGGAGGGACAAGAUGAGGUCGAAACACCACAUGUUGAAGUACCCGCGGCCAAUGACGAAGCAACCUUGAAUACCGAAGAUGCAACACCAUUUGUGUCUGCAGGUAUUCUCGAAGCGCCAACUUCCGUUAUCGAAACAUCCCCCGCUGUCAUCGAGUCAUCGCAGACACAUAUUGAGGUAUCACAGGUUACUGAGAAGGAGCAACAAAUUGCCAAAGACGAAUCACCAUUCGUGGAGGAAACGCCAGCUGUUGAUGUGGAUGAACUGAGCGCCGAGGAGGACGUUGCUGCUGUCGAGCAGGAAGAUAUCGAGCCAGCUCGUGUGGAGGAACAAUUGGACCACACUUUGCAUUUCGAAAAGGGCGAGCCAGUUGUCGAGGAGGAAACACCUAUUGUCGAAGGGAAAAUAUCUGUUGCUGAGGAUGAAAAUGUUGUUGUCGAGGAGAAAAGCCUGGCCACCGAGCAAGCGACGAUUGUGGUUGAUAAGAAAGAGGCUGCAGUGGAAGACGAGGUACCUGUCGUCGUGGAAUUAUCUUCGAUAUCAAUUAUUGACGACUAUAUACAGGAUAAUGAAGCACUUACUACUGAUGUCUCAGAGCCAGUUGCUGAUAGUCAAUUCAAAGACGCCACUCAUGACGAUCAGCUAUCAGCCGUGGAGGUUUCAGCGCCAACUUUGGAGGCACCAGUAAACAAUGCUACAGCUAGUGAAGAAUUCCCGCCUCAAGGCAUAGCGGCUGAUAGUGGUGCCGCUGCCGAGGAACCUGCUACUUCUGAUCUCAUUGUUCCUCAGGAUAAUGCUGUGGAGGCCAUUGCUGAUACUCCAAAUGUUGAAGACAUUUUAGGAAGUGAUUCUGCUGAAAUUACUGAAUCAAAUGUCGACCUUCCAACUAUCGCUAAAGUGUCUCCUGUGGAGGAUUCACAGGUUUCGGAGGUUGUCCAAAAUGUCCAUUCCAAAGGCAAUGUAACUGAAGCUCAUGUUGCUCCGAUCGCGGAGUCCGACCUGGUUGUCGAUGUCGUCCAGUCAGAAGAACUUGCAACUCCUGUUGCGAAAGUCACUCCAUUCCCUGGGCCGUCAGCGGAAUAUAUAUCGAAGGAGGCUUCAGGUCCUACAGAAGACUUUCCAACAGUCAUAGAGACGUCACCCAUCGAAGAGACCUUGUUGAUUGAAAAGACUUCGCCGAUUGAGCAGGAAAAUCCUGUUAUCGAGGGCAUGCCAGCCAUCGAGGAGAGUUCUGGCGUGGAGGAGACUCUGGUCACUGAAGAAACUCCCGCCGUUAAUGAUACACAUGUCAUUGAGGAGAUACCUGCUGUUGAGGAAGCCAUUGAAAAGGCACCAGCUGUUGAGGAAACAUUUGCCAUCGAGGAGGCACCGGCCGUUGACUUGGAGGAGAUGCCAUUGGAUACGACAAUAGCCAUUAAAGAGACGCCAGCUAUCGAGAAGGCACCUGCCUUCGAGGAGACUCCCAUCCUUGAAGAAAAUCCUGCCGUCUUGGAUACACCUGCUGUUGAGGGCAGUCCUGCAGUUGAUGAGUUAUCUUCCCAUGCUGAUACGCCAGCUGUUGAGGACUGCCCGGUUGUCUCGGAUACGCCUCCUGUUGAAGACACUCCUACUAUUGCAGAAACGCCUUUCGCUCCUGUUGUUGAGGACAUUCCUACCGUCGUGGAUACGCCCUCUGUUGCGGAAACUGCUGUUGUUGAGGAUACGCCUGCUGAAGAGGAGACACCUGCGGAAAAGGAGACAGCUGCCAUUGUGGAGACACCUACCGUCGCUGAUACACCUUCUGUUGAGGGCAUUCCGCCUGCUGUGGAGGAGACGCAUAUUGUUGAGGAUGCACCCGCUGUUGAAGAAACACCUGCAGUUGAGGAGGCGUCUACCGUCGAGGAGAUUCUUGUUGCUGAGGAGACGCCUACUGUUGAGGACGCACCUGCUAUUGAAGACACCCCUGCCAAUACGCCUGCUGUUGAGGAGAUACCUGUAGUUGAGGAGACAUCUGCUGCUCUGGAUACGCCUGGAGUUGAGGAUACGCCUGGAGUUAAGGAGACACCUGUGGUUGAGGACAUCCCUGCCAUUGAGGAGGCCUCUACAGUCGAGGAGACUUCUGAUGUUAAGGAGAGAGCUACCCUCGAGGAGAUUCAUGCUAUUGAGACACCUGCAGUUGAGGAGACACUUGCUGUUGAGGAGACACCUACUGUUGAGGAGACUCAUGUUGUUGAGGAGACACCUACUGUUGAGGAGACUCAUGUUGUUGAGGAGACCCUUGCAAUUGAGGAGACUCCUGCUGUUAAGGAUGUAUCUACCGUUGAGGAGACUCCUGUUUCUGGGCUUGCUAUUGAGGAAACAACUGCCGCCUCGGAUACGCCACCUGUUGUUGACGAUACACCUGCUGUUGAUGAUAGGCAUGGAGUUGAGGAUACGCCUGCACUUGAAGAGACACCUGCAGUUAAGGAAAUUCUUGCCGUUGAGGAGACUUCUACCGUCGAGGAGAUAUCUGCCGCCACCGAUACGCCCGUAAUCGAGGAAACGCCUGCAGUCGAGGAGACCUUUACCAUCGAGGAGACCUCUGCCGUCGAAGAGACAUUUGCCAUUGAGGAGAAGCCUGCUGUCGAGCAAACUCCUGCAGUUGAGGAGAAGUCUGCAGUCGAGGAGAUGCCUGCUGUCGAGGAGACAAAUGUCGUUGAGGAAACGCCUGCAGUCCAGGAGACACCUGCCGUUGAGGAGACACCCGCCGUUGAGGAGACACCCGCCGUUGAGGAGACAUCUGUCAUUGAGGAGGAGCCUGUUAUCGAGGAGACACCUGCAGUUGAGGAGAAGUCGGUUGAGGAGACACCUGCAGUUGAGGAGACACCCACAGUGGAGGAGACAUCCGCCAUUGAGGAGACACCUGCAGUUGAGGAGACACCCACAGUGGAGGAGACAUCCGCCAUUGAGGAGACACCUGCAGUUGAGGAGACACCCACAGUGGAGGAGACAUCCGCCAUUGAGGAGACACCUGCAGUUGAGGAGACACCCACAGUGGAGGAGACAUCUGCCAUUGAGGAUACACCCGCCGUUGAGGAGACACCCGCCGUUGAGGAGACACCCGCCGUUGAGGAGACACCCGCCGUUGAGGAGACAUCUGCCAUUGAGGAGGAGCCUGCUAUCGAGGAGACACCUGCAGUUGAGGAGAAGUCUGCAGUCGAGGAGAUGCCUGCAGUUGAGGAGAAGUCUGCAGUCGAGGAGAUGCCUGCUGUCGAGGAGACAAAUGCCGUUGAGGAAACGCCUGCAGUCCAGGAGACACCUGCCGUGGAGGAGAAGCCUGUUAUCGAGGAGACACCUGCAGUUGAGGAGAAGUCUGCAGUCGAGGAGAUACCCGCAGUGGAGGAGACACCCGCCGUGGAGGAGACAACCGCUGUUGAGGAGACAUCUGCCAUUGAGGAGGAGCCUGCUAUCGAGGAGACACCUACAGUUGAGGAGAAGUCUGCAGUCGAGGAGAUGCCUGCAGUCGAGGAGACAAUUGCCGUUGAGGAAACGCCUGUAGUCCAGGAGACACCUGCCGUGGAAGAGACAUCUGCCGCGUCCGAUACGCAUCUUGCUGAGGAGUCAUUUACUGUCGAGGGGACCCCUCCUGUUGAGGAGAUAUCUACCGUCGAGGAGACUCUUGUUACUGAGGAGACGCCUGCUGUUGAGGACGCACCGACUCCUGCUGUUGAGGAGACAAAGACAAUUGCUGUUGAAGAAACCUCUGCAGUCCAUGAGAGACCUGCCGUUGAGGAAACACCUGCAGAGGACAUUCCUGUAGUUGAAGAGACACUUGACGUUGAGGAGACAUCUGCCGCCUCGGAUACGCCUGCUGCUGAGGAGACGUCUGUUGUGGAGGAAACACCUACUGUUGAGGAGACGCCUGUUGUUCUAGAGAUGCCUGCUGUUCUGGAGAUGCCUGCUGUUGAGGACACCGCUGCUGUUGAGGAGACGCCCGCCAUUGAGAAGACACUUACCGUUCAGGAGACACCUGCCGUCUUGGAUAUGCCACCUACUGUUGAGGACACUCCUACCGUCUCAGAUACGCAUGUUGUUGAGGAGGCCUCUGCCGUGAAAGAGGUAUUUGUCACCUCGGAUAUGCCUGCUGUUGAGGACACUGCUGUAGUCUCGGAUCCUCCUGCUGUUGAAGAGACUCCCGUCAUCGCACAAACGAUAGCUGUUGAUGAGAGCUCUACUAUUGAGGACAUGCCUGCUGCCGUCGAAGAGACUCCUGUCGUCUCGGAUAUGUCUGCGGUUGAGUACACUCCUGCCAUUGAGGAGACGCCUGCUACCGAGGAGACAACAGUUAUCGGGGAGACACCAUUGGUUGGGACGCUAGCCAAGGAAACUCCUGCCAUUGGAGAACUGUUAGUUGUUGAGGAGGCGCCAGGUGCUGAAACUCUAGCCAAUGAGGAGACGCCACCCAUCGAGGAGCCUCCUGCCAAUGAAGAUUCCACUGUCGCUGAAGAUACCUCUGCCGUCCACAAAACUGUUGACAAAACUCCUGUUUUUGAGGAUACUCCUGCUGUCGGUGAGCAGCAUGUCAUCGAGCAAGCUGUUGAUAAUACGCCUAUUGGUGAAGGAAAUGUUCUUGAGGUCACUCCCGCUAUCGAAGAAAAGUCUGCCGUCGAAGAAACAUCUGGCAUCGAUGAAGCCAAUGAGGAGACCCUAGCCGUCGAGGAAACUCCUGUCAUUGAGGAGAUUGGUAUCGUCGAGUGCAAACCAGUGUUGGAGACACCAGUCAUCACAGAAGCCAGUGAAGGCACGCCUGUCGUUGAACAGAUUGAGGAGUCGAAAGGUCCUGUAGAGAACACCCCGGAAACAGCCGAGCUCCCUGCUCACCAAGAACAAGAACAAAGCGAUGAUGUCGUGAAUGACCCUACUCUCAACCUGCUGCCCGUGGAUCCAGUAGAAGCCACACAAGAUGCUUCUCUUUUUGUUGAACAAAAUCUCACAGACUCAGAUAAUCCUCCUACAGAAGCAAUUGCUCGAGAUGCUCAGCCCUCUGAAGGACAAGCAGAAAUUCUCAAUAUUGUGUCCAGUGUGCCCACAACAGAAUCCAUCAUUGUUCCGGAAGAUUCACGCACAGAAGCAUUGGUCGAUCUCCCCCCUGUACCACUCGUUGAUGUGAACGUGGUCCCAGUCGUCCCCGACGACUCAACUCACACUACCAUCCUCAUCGAGGAUGCUCCUAUCAAUGAGCUCCCGAUAGUACACGAAGAAAGUUCGUCCCUUUAUGAUCACGAGAGUCAUCUAGUCCAAGAUCCUACCAUUCUUUCUGGGUCAACUCCUGCCCCACAUGUCGCCUUGAGUAUAUCUGAGCCGGACUUGAAGGAUGCUGUGGAGAACUCUAGAGAGCGUAUCGAUGAUGUACGUGAAGAUGAGCAGGCCGUAUCAACAGCUGAGGUGGUUAAUAUUGGUGAAGAAAAAUCUGUAGGCGACAAUACCUUGAACGAGGAAGGAAGUUCCCCCGCCGCUGCAGAAACACCCCUUGAGAAAGCAGACGAAUCUCUUGUAGCUACUGACACGUCGACAACCGACGUUACGCCUCCAAGCGCUGAAAUUGUUGUCGAAGCUCCCGCCACAGUCGAAUCCAGUCAUGAGGUCAAGCCUGCGCACGCAAAUGCGCUAGAUGAUACGGUCGUCGAUAGCGAGUCGAAUCCGGCUGCUCAAGCCUUCGAAGUCCAAACAUCAGCUCCUCCCGUGAUUGAAGAAGUGUCACUCAUAUCUGAAGUUGACCAGGUUGUAUCAACUGCCGACAUCGACGUUGCUAAUUCUCCCGCAGAGGUUUCAGACGUGGUGAUAUCACAUUCAGUGGAAAGAACUAUUGAACACACUCCUGAGCCUCCUGCUCCUGCUGUCGAACCAGCCGUUCCUGACCCUGUGGCGGAAGAAACUGUUGCUGAGGAACCCGUUCCUGUUGUCCUUGAAGAAUCUGACGACACCUCGCCUGCUGUUCAACCAGAGACUCCAUCUUUCGCUGAAACUCUCCCUCAGCCCUCCACGCUCGAUGAACUUAAUGAAUCAACUGUUCAAUCGACGGAUGCUACAUCUAACACUGACACGGGCGUUUCAACUAUCGAUGUCCCUCCAGUAAUCUCGGAGCCCAUAUCCGAAUCAUCCCUGCCUCAGAAUGACAUUGCCGAAAUCAUUCCCACUGUUGAGGAAUCAGCAACAUCCGAUCUUGGCACCGAACCUUUAGUUUCUGUGCAAGAACCUUCAUCGUCUGAAUUAGCAGCUGACGAGCUUACUCCACCCGCCACCCAGGAAUCAGCAAUGACCGAAACCGAGGAACAUCAUUCCCUUGAUCGUGUUGAGAAUGUGUCCUCUGAACCUGAAGCCAGUGCUGAAUCUUCUACGCAUUUGAUUGCUGUCGCGGAACCCGUUCAGUCGACUGAAGUUCCCACACUCAGCACUGUAGAUUCAGCUCCCGUUAACAUCGAUGCUGUAGCACCCGAAGAACCUGCAGCACAAGAAGUUCUUUCGACAGAGGCCCUCACCGUUGCUUCUGACAACCAGCACGACCAGGAAAAUAUUGAAACAGAGAAUUUGACACCCGCUGUUGAACCCGAAACGCUUGUUUCUGAAAGCUCGGCGUCUGAGCCAGUUACCACUGGAUCCCCUGCCAUUGUCUCUGAGUCUUCGGAACCGUCUCCCGAAACUGAGCAAGUUGUUGUCGAAGCAUCAGUACCCUCUGAGUCUGUCCCAGAGCCAACUAUGUCUCUUCCCGUCGCCAGCGAGGCCUCUUCAUCUGAGGUGGUAGCAUCUUCCUCAGCUGGAGAACCAGCUAAAGAGGAACCCGCUGAUGUUGAUGCCAUUUUAUCAACGCCCGAAAGCGCCGUAGAACCUGCCGCUGUCGAACCCGCUGUCAAAUCUGCCUCUGUCGAACCUGCCGUUGUCGAACCUGCCGCUGCUGAGUCUCUCGUCGAAACCAGCAUUGAGGUGCCUGAAGCCUUGAAGGUUGAGGAUGAUGUCGAAGAAGCUGACAUUACCAUCAACUCCACACCAGCUGAAGACCCGGCGGCUAUCGAAACUGAACAAGUGCCUGCGAUUUCGAUCAUAGCUGCAGAGCCUGCCUUCUUCGACGAAGAUUCACUUGAUCCCACUUCUCCAGAGGAACUCGAAGAUCUUGUUAGCCCCAUCACAGAUGUUUCGACAAUGGAUCCCGACGCGUCUUUCGCCACGAGUGGUCCGUUCGCUCUCGAGUCUGUCAUUUCAUCCAUUGGAGAAGACGAAGAGGAUCUUGCGCUGGAAGUUGACUCGAAGGUAUCGGAAGCAGAAGAGGAGGUACUCAACGGCAAUGGUAAUGGCCACCAUUUGGAGUUGCGAUCCAGUGUUUCAGACCUUGUAGAAGAUCAUGAUGAUCUCUCGCCUGUUGAGAAUGCUGCUGAGGCAGAUGAAUCUGGUAAUGGCAAAGUCCAUGUUGAUGCUCAACCAUCAAUUAUCGAAGUUCCUUCUGCUGGACCCGAAACCACUGUGGUUGUGAUUGAUGGCGAACAACAUGCAGAGAAAGUCGAUCUGUCCGCUCAACAUGAACCCAAAGAAGGUCAUGCAGAUGCUGCUGAGGCCACCGACCUGAUUGUUGCUUCGUCUACCUCCACUGAAGUCUAA